AUGUUUUCGGCAAGCGCAGACGGAACGAACCUACCACCAUAUGUUGUGUAUAAAUCAGAAAAUAUUUAUUCUGAAUGGAUAACAGGCGGUCCACGAGGCGCAAGAUAUAACCGCACUAAAUCGGGGUGGUUCGAUUCGUCCACUUUUGAGGACUACUUCAAGACAAUAGUUUUAAAAUGGUCGGAAGGUUUGCCGGGAAAAAAGGUGGUCAUAUGUGAUAACCUAUCAAGUCAUCUAAAUGUGGACAUUAUCAAACUUUGCGAAGAGCAUAACAUAUCUUUUGUUUUCAUUCCUGCCAACUCCACGCAUCUUACCCAACCCUUAGACGUGGCUUUCUUUGCUCCGCUUAAGAAAGCGUGGCGGAAAAUUUUGCUGCAGUACAAAAUGGAAAAUCCCAAUCAAACAUCUUUAAAUAAAAAUCAUUUCCCGAAGUUGUUGACGUCUUUGAUUAACGCAAUAGACUUUACCAGAACCAACAAUAUCAAAAGUGGAUUCAAAGCUACCGGAAUUUGUCCUUUAAAUCCACGUGAAGUGCUCAAACGGCUGCCGGAAUAUGCUGAAGAACUUGGAAAUUACACAGUUGAUAACGCCUUAUUAAAUUACUUGCAAAAGUGUAGACAACCGAAAGCAGUGAGUGUAAAACGCAAUAAAAAAGUUUCAGUAGAGCCUGGCAAGUCUGUUUCAAUAAGCGAUUUCGGUUUGUUGAGUUGUUCAAAUCAAGAAGUUACAGAGACUCAGACCUCUAAAAAAAGCAAUGGAGUUGGAGCGAAAAAAUCAAAAACAACAAAAAAUAAGACUUCUAUUACAAAUCAAGAUAAUCCAGAAAAUAAUGAUCCCGUAUUUGACCUCUUUUUAGACAAUACAGCUAUUGGACAGCCAAUAAACGAUAAAGAUGAAACCGCUGAUAUCUAUAAUUAUUUGGAAGAAGAUAUUUUGAAUGAUAGCAAUAUACUGUUAAAUCUGACAUGUGACUUUUAUAAAAUUGAUAAACUUGAGGUAUCGGACAGCAAAAAGGGUGAAACUGUAACAAAGUGCAUCUUAGAUGAAAAAACUGUGAUAAUAGACACUAAUAACUUUGACGAAAUUAAUGAAAUUAAUGAUGAGCCAGUACACAAUGAAAACAAAGUCGAAACAAGUUGCACUUUGGAUAAAAAUGGUAAGAUAAUAGCCAUCAAUGACAGUGACGACAUAUUCAAUGAUAACACCCAUAAAUUUACUGUCGAGUCUGAAUACCAAGAGCAAGAGAAUGUAUCAAGAUGCAUUCUAAAUAAGAAAACUGGAGUUCUUCAAUAUACAAUAGCUACCCGAGUGAAGCAAGUUAUAAAUAACAAACCAGUAUUGCGAGAUAAAAUAAAGUUAAACUCAUCUAAAGGCAUGUACACUGAAACUGUGAUAGGACCUAAAAAAACAAGAACAUUUAAAAAUGACACCAAGAUUGCAUCUGACAACAUUUGCCCUAACAUUGUAAAUAUUUUACCACGUCGUAGCACAUCUGAUUAUGGUAGCACACAACAAAUUAUAGACUUAAAUGAGAAGAGAGAAGAAUUAAAUGCAAACAAUUUAAAUAUAAAAAAGUACAAAAAUAAUAAACAUCACGAAAAGCUACAAGACUCAAAACAAAAUAUUUUAACCGCAGUAAAUACUUCUACGAAUGAAACUAAAGUUAUUUUGGAGACUGGCAAAAAUAAUGGCAAAGAAAACAAAACUUUUAAACAUACUGAUUUAAAUAACGAAAUAAAUAAAUGUGCAGAUACAAAACAAAACACCAAUCGAAAGUCGGGAAAGAAAAUAACUAAUCAACCAAAAAAAAAAAAAAGAAAAAGCAACAAAUCAACCAUUGAACCAAAGACAAAACCAGCCCGCAGAACAUACAAGAGAAAUAUAAGUGAAACAAGUAAUAGUGAUAUCAACAUUAGUACUCACAGUGAUUCAGAUAUCUGUAAUAUAGAAUCUGAUAAGUCCGACAAAGACAUUCAAAGUUUAAAUACAAAACAGCCUAAAACAGAGUCAAUGAAAGAUAAUAAAACAACAAUAGCAACGGAAACAGAAAAACCUUCAUCGAGCUACGACGACCAUUUAAGUGAAGCUUGUUCUAAUAUCAAUUAUGCUGUUGGGGAUAUUAUAUUAGUCAGAUACUUUUUUAAGAAAAAGGUUGAUUAUUUUGUCGGUAAAGUCAUAGCAAAAGUAGGAAAUGAUAGAGUAAAUGCAUUAUUUUUCAGACGAACCGGUAGAAACGACAAUACCAAGUUUAUAAAAACCAAAAAACAAGAAGUAGAAAUAAUUGAUUGUAAGAAUAUUGUCAAAACCGUGAAUUUACUUACAAUUAAUACCAAUGAAACAGAGUUUGUUCUAGAUGAUGAUGAUGACUAUUUAUAUUUUGAUUAUUAG